UCCGCAACAAAAAACGGACAUUUCUGAGUUUGAAAAGCUGAAAAUUUACUAGGAAAAAAGCCCCUACUAAUCCUUCUUUUCAAUCUGAGGUGGCCCUAAUACGCCAUGCCAGGCAUUAUAUUUUUAUCCCAAUGUUGUGAAAAAUAAGUUUUUACAGCAAAAGCUGUUUUUCCCCUGUUGACCGACAGAGGACGCUGUGUUAACCGAAUCCACAAAGGGUGACGUCAAUUCCUGUCCAAUCGGAGCUGACGUUGUUCUGAGGUCGUUUAUUGACCAGACAGGGAAGGUGACUUCGGGAGCAUUUAGUCCACAUCUAACCCCUUACUGGACGGGGUUUUAAUAUAUUAUCGAUCAUGUCUUCCUUUGGAAGGGCGAUCGGAGUCCUGCGGGCCGGAACCGGGUUGCUUAGGCACGGCCCAGGACGGAUAACCAGCAGAAAGGCCAGCGGCGGACCGCACAUUGAGCCGCAGUACAGACAGUAUCCACAGUUAACCAAGAAGCAAAAGUUCGAGUCGGAGUUCAUCAGCGGAGCUAUGUGGUUCUGGAUCCUCUGGCACUGCUGGCACGACCCAGAUGCGAUCCUGGGCCACUUCCCCUGGCCUGACGCCUCCAAGUGGACAGACGAGGAGCUCGGCAUCCCGCCGGAUGACGAGGAGUAAGAUGACAAACUGAAGGAGUUUUGCGAGAAAUCCUGCAGAUGUUCUGAAGUCAUCGUUGUACAUAUAAUAAAGUUAUCUUUAAGUUACA